GCAGGGAGUAGGAUCGCGUAAAAACAUUCGCCUCUAUCAGAGGGUGGUUAUAUUGAUUUCUUAUGACAUCACGGGGUUGCUAGGAAACUUGGCGCCGGCGCCCCGACGCUCUUGGAGGAUCGACCCCUGGGCUAGCAUUGCAGACGAGAACCUCGUUGACAUUCAAUCCUAGUGAAAAAAAUGUGUUAGUUAAUAUAGUGAACAAGUGAAAAUGGGCACUGUGCUCAGUUUUUCGCCCCGCGAGCGGAGACCAGUGUACACGACCGCUUCGACAGGUGAUUUUACCCUCAACAAUUUCUCUUACGAGCAAUUAAACAAUGCCAAAAAUCGCGAGAGCAAGAGCAACUGCAGCAUAACGAACUCGAACUCAAACAACCAUAAUUUAUGCAACAACAUCAACAACAAUGAAAACGCGAGAAUAAUAUCGGAAAAAAAUGCGUUGGAAAAGAAUCUUAGGAAACAUUCGUUGUUCAUCAACGCCUUAUCGUGGAAACGGUUCUCAACAACCAACAACAACAAAAAGAAAUUGGACAACAACAAAAAUAAGAACAACAUCACGGUUUUUCGACAACCUUUAGUUGACAACAUCCAUCCCGUGAUCGACAAAAACAAGAACAUCCAGCAAAGCAAGCACAGUUCUUAUUAUUCGAAUUCGAAGAGUGCUUCAGUACUCGCGUUAGACAUUGUUAGGGUCAACAAUGCCAAUAAUAAUACCAACAAUCACUUGCAUUGUGAAAAGGUGGUAAAUAAGCAAGUUAUUUUGAGUCAAAAUUCGCUCAGUUCUCAAAACCAGGUCGUGCCCGUCGCUGCACCUAAAAAGACUGUCAUCCAGGCUUCUACUUCUGAAUUAUUGAAGUGUUUGGGGAUGUUCCUACAUGCCAAGUGCUAUAAGUUAAGGGAUUUUCAAGCUGGGGAUGCUGUCAUGUGGCUCAGAACUGUUGACAGAAGUUUACUACUGCAAGGGUGGCAGGAUGUGGCUUUCAUCAAUCCAGCCAACGUCGUUUUCGUCUAUAUGCUAGUAAGGGACCUAGUGAAAUCCGACAUUGAAUGCGAACAAGACCUCCAAGCGGUCGUGCUUACUUGCCUUUACUUGUCUUAUUCUUAUAUGGGAAACGAAAUUUCCUAUCCCCUCAAGCCCUUCCUCGUAGAGGACUCCAAAGAAAAAUUCUGGGACCGAUGCCUGGACAUCGUCGAUAGGCUCUCAUCUAGCAUGCUGAGAAUAAAUGCCGAACCAGGCUACUUCACGGAAAUCUUCACCGAACUGAAAGGCUGCGGCAUCGGCAACAUCGUAGCCAACAACCUGGCGAACAUGGCUAGCCAAACUGUACCUGUAGUAUCCUGUAAUUCCGGCGCCGCGACGCCAGCUUGACGCAAAGAGGUGACUGUAGUGAAAUUAAGUCUGGCUGAAAUGCCUACCGUACCGUGCGAAGUUUGAUUACCGUUUUAUAUCUUCCAAAUGUUGUUAGAAUGUAGAGCGAAUUUGACAAAUCCGUCAUUCAGCGGCCAAAUUCUAAUUAAAAAAAGUUAGAGUAGGCGAUAGUGGUUCGAUUGCGAAUAGGACAGGAUCGAUGCUAAUGAACUUUUAAUAACUGUAAAUAGAACGUUUUUGUUCCAUCGGAAGAACCAGCAAAGGUGGAACAAAAUUUAGCUUCUAAGACAGCCAUAUUUGUAAUAGAUUUUAUAAAAAAGAAAACAAACUUUUAACUACAUCUGAUUGAUUUGUCAAAUUCAGAGAGAAUGUGAAGCGAAAAUAGUGGCAAUAUUUUUUUGUUUUGUUUAUUUUUUCUUAUUUUGUAAAAAAAGUACAAAUUAUCCACUCAUAAAAAAAUUGAAUCCGGCUCGAAGGACCAAAUUUAUGACGAUAAAUAAUCUUUGCUGAG